UUUCAACGAGGCUCAUCUACAACAUGAACAGAAGCAGCGACAUUCAACCCAACUGCUUCUUUCUAAGCGUUAAUUUGGAACGAACACACAAUACCGUAGUGGCAAGUAUCCUGACAUCUAUUCUAAAUGUACUGUUUUCUCUGUUAACAUCUACCGGUAAUGUGAUCAUCCUCCGUGUCAUCUGGAAAAAACAAGAACUUCAUUCGCCAUCCUUCGUUCUUUUGUCCGGCCUCGCAGCUUCUGAUCUCAUUGUUGGGCUGGUUUGUCAGCCAUCUUUCGUGGCCUAUCACAUCGCGGAACUCACGGAUGAUUUUGACGCUUACUGUGCCUUGAGAAUUAUUCAGAGCAUAUCUAGCUAUACAACAAUUGGCGUGUCCUUGGCGACCUUAAGCGGAAUCUCCAUUGAUCGACUUCUCGCUUUAACCCUCCAUUUACGAUACAACGGGCUUGUCACUAUUCGCAAAAUAAUGCUAACUGCUGUAGUCGUCUGGGUAGUAUCAACCUCUGUCGUCCUAUUGAGGUUUUGGAUAAGCAAUUGGUUUUUUGUCCCUGUAGCCGUUCUACUGAUAACAUUUCUCAUUACAGCCCUCAGCACCUGGAAAAUAUUCCAGAUCGUUCGGAGACAUCAGCGCCAGAUAUCUCAGCAACAGCGGAUUGCCCAAAGACGUGAUGUGAACGUCCUGAAGUCCAGGAAAUCGACCAUAACUGUACUUUAUGUUUAUGGUUUGCUUUUACUUUUCUUUUUUCCACUUUUUGUGACGAUCUUCGUGGAGUCGUUUACUGGAUACACAACUAGAAUGAAAAUCGUUUAUGACUACGUUACUACUGCUGUUUUCAUCAAUUCCUUCUUGAAUCCACUUGUAUAUUGCUGGAGAAUUGGAGAGAUACGAAGAGCUGUUAGAAAUGCACUGAGGAAAAACAAUAACGAAGUCACCAUUUUGGAAAGCACAUUUCGAUCAGUUUCAAAGAUAUAAUUUUGUGCAUCAAUUGCAAAUUUUAUGAGUUCUGUGUGGUAAGAAGUAUGAAGCAAACUACACUACCAUUAAUAAUUAUUCUUAGUCCAUUGUACGUACACACGCACACUACUUAUAUAUUAAUUUGCUUUUUGCCAUAAAAUUUUCAUUUCUUGUCACCAUUAUUCAUCGCUAUUGCCGACCAUUUCCAAUCAGAAAUCAAUAACAGUUCUAACGCUGGAGUGAGUCGCCUAUCUAGUCGGAACAGUUGAAACGGAGAAAGUUUCGAUCUCACUUGUUCUCUAAAAAUUUGACAGUCAAACUCCUAAUAACAACUUAUUUCGUCACUUUUAAAAUUACAGUCAAUUUGAACAUAAAGCCAACCUUAAGAAAACUUUUCUUUUUUCAGUUGGAUCUAAUAUUCUAUUGCGUGAUUACGGUAAUAGCUUUUGUCAAUAGGUUCUGCAAAUGCUAAUAUCACGAGCACUUGGCAAUCACUAGUAUUGUCGUGGUGCGACCUGAAAAGCCGAAACAAAAAACCAUCAUAGAAUUAUUAAGAGUGCCUUUUUUGACACCAUUAAUAUUAAAAUUUUAAUUUUAAUUUGCAUGACGUUUCCAAUGCUUUCAAAAUUAAUAAUAUCUACAUGGAAAAGCUUGCUAAAGAUUAAACCACCGAAAGCCCAUAUAUUUCCUGAUAAAUAGACCAUUUUACAGUUGUCUGCUCAGUGACCUGGCCUUUGUAUGGC